UCCCCGUACUGGCUCUGCUCGGCGAGAUCUGCUCCUCGAGCUCAUCCCGUAGGUCCGCCGCCCCUGGGCGACCUCCCACAUCGGCCCUGCACAGGCUUUGCUCGGGGAGAGGUUCUUCUCGAGCUCAUCCUAGAUGUACGCCACCCCUUGAUGCUGGCCGUCCAGCAGUGUCCGUACAUGGAAGUUCAGAUCUCAAAAGAGUGCUCGACGCCGGCCACCCUGAUAGCGGCCAUGUCGGGGCUGGAGGUCAAGCGUGAGGACGAUGAUUCGGCGGAGCAGAGACAAAGGAGUGGCAAGUUGACAAUGCAGAGGAUAAUGAUGGUUGCUGGUCCAUACAGAUUCCUCAUGCCACAUGUGAAGGUCGACAAAGGAACUGAUGGCUUGUAUUUCAGUGAUCUACUGUUCGGCUUACCAUUUGUUUUUAUAGAGGUAAAGCUGCAUGUGCAUGUUGAAUUUAAAUUUGAGGGCCCCUUAUAUCCAGGAGUACACGAUUGGCCUACAUACUAGACUAUGAUACUUGUGUAUACAAUUUAGACUACAGCACAAACAUACAUACUUAUAUCGCACAGUUCAGAUUGGCCUAGUGCCUAUUAAUACCAUAUAAAUAUAUAAUUAGAGUUAGCGUGCCAUUUACUCUUUUUUCAUAUCUGGCAUUUACCUGGUUUCCAUGUACAACAGCAAGUAACCAGUGUAGUGGGUUUCUUUUAUAAUCAAACAGAGGUGUGUUUCCAAUUAGAGAGAGGAAGGGACAAAUUGCCAAGUUGGUGGUUCUAGUUUCAUCUACGAAUUGGCUAUCUCAGAUUACCGGAGUUUUUUUCUUUCUGCAAAAUGAGCUUCAUUACCAAAAAAAUGAAUCGAUGAACAAUACCAUGAAUUUGUGGAUCUACGGACGAAUUUGUUGAUCAGGAUGAUUGAUCGAUGAACAAUACCAUGAAAUCUGUACAUCUAAACUCAUAUGGACCAAUUUGUUGAUCAAGAUGAUUGAUCGAUGAACAAUACCAUGAAAUUUGUACAUCUACAACUUAUAUGGACUAAUUUGUUGAUCUGGAUGAUUGAUCAAUGGACAAUAUCAUGAAAUAUGGACAUCGACUACAACUUAUAUUGACAGGAUGAUUGAUCUUACCAGGGUCGUGCAACUUGAUUGAAGAUGGGAAGAUGAUGAGAACCGCCUGAUGAAGAAGCUGCUGAGAACCAGCGCCAGCGUCUCCCAGCCAGCGCCUGUGAAUGGAAUUGACGGCCAGCCAGUUUUAUUAGCGAUGGGGCCUGUAUAUAAGCAAUGAAAAAGGCGCGAGGGCGAGCAGCAAAACGCAGAACUGGCACCAGAAAAGUUGUUGAGAAGCGAGCGGGCGGGAAAAAGUUGUUGCGAUCACGCAUAUAGCAAUCGCGUUUGUGGAAAAACGGAUA